CUAUUUUUACUGCCAUGUUCUAGCACGACUAUCGAGUACUCUGAUAAUUGUCAACUUACGCGGUCUGACUGUAUGCGAGCUUUCAUCCUUCAAGCAAUCGUACAACUACUGUUGAGACGGGCGCGCGGCUACCUGUUAUUUUAUGGGCUGGUCUUCCAAGAAGAGGACCAUCUUCACCUUGUUACAUACUCUAUCUUGUUUCUCUUCUUGCCAGAGAAGCAUCACGCGGUUCUUUGUUUCUACUAGAAUCACGCUGGUGUUCCUACUAGAACAUCACGCAAGUUCCUACUAGAACAUCACGCAAGUUCCUACCAGAAAGCAUCACACGUGUUCCUACUAAGGAAGUUUCUUCAAAAGUAGGCAUAUCACUUUUUCAAAAGUAGAAGAUGUCAUCGUCGUCCUCGUUCGAUCCCGAGCGGCUGGUGAAGUACGAGUCACCGAUAGACCCGAAGAUAUAUGGUGAGCUCGCGGUCAUUACCCUUUUCUGCGGCUUCGUGCUUUUGUUAAGGGUAGCUAUUAGAUUUUCAUUAUCGUAUGUGACGACCUCCUCCUAUCCUCGAGAGUGGAGCACUCACCCUUUAGUUAUAACUCUUAACAGAAGUCGUACACUUAUAUUUGAAUACUUGGUCGUGGUGCCGCACUCACUCUAAUCUUGGCAUUCUUCAUGCUGCACGAAGUAACCGCGUCGAGAAUGGAAUACAAUACAAAGAAGCAAAUUGGAAUCUCUGCCGUUGCGAGUGCUUUUCUCGGCGUGGGAUUCGUAUCUUCUUAUCAUAAUUAAUUUUUUUUUGCUUCACACACUCUGACUUCAUCUGCUCACUGUGGCAAUUCGGAGUAGGGAACAUGGACCUGCUAGAUCUCUCGUCUCCACUAGUUCGUGCCAAGUUCUUGAGAUCAUGAAGUAUUUUUGCAGGACUUGCGCAAAUUCUUGUACACCACGGUGAGUUGGAGGUCCAAAAGAUCCUUCUAAUUCUGGAUCCCAGUCCUCGCUAGGGGGACGUCUCAUGUAGGUAUAUAUAACGAACUGCUCUAGUGAACUCUUUAUCUCAUCCAAUCCAUAUCAUUCACCUUCUUUCAUGCAAAUCAUACCAGAUUUUUCUGCUGAUGAAUUUCGGUGUGUACAUCUAAAGGAGCGGAACAUUAUUUGUGAGUCUUUCGUUAACAAGCCAUGCCGUGGAGUAACAGCAUGUCCAAAUCCACAACUAGAGGAGACGGCAAAAUAGACCCACAUGGUCGAGUAGCAUGGUCGAGUAGCAGCGGCUUGCUUCGUGAUCUUUAUACACUUGGUGAUUCAACAACAACCUGGUGCACGAGAUGGCGGGGGAUUGCCUGCUUAUGCUUAUAGUGGCGUAGCAGCGCGACGCUCACGCUUCUCCUUCCUCCCUGUGGCCGCCUUCUCUGAACACGAUCGUUGUGUCCUCCGCAAGUUACCCAGCAAUAUAGAAAAAAAUAGCGAAAAAUCCUCAUUACGAUCUAAAUGUGAAAAGCGUGAAUUGCCCCUGUGCUUGAUCGCCAUGAUGAUCCAUUCACAUGAGUGUUUCUUAUCAAACAGAUUUCGAAGAAGAGCAACUCCAUCAUCAAGAUCUGAAAUUUGCAUGUGCGCCAUGAAUUAGAAUCAUUUUGAAGAUCCGUCAACACUCGGACUCGACCGACUGAUAUUGAUAAGGAGCACUGAUGUAAGUAAAAAUUGAGAACAUCGCUCGAUCAACCACAGUGUGUUCCCGACGGUGGGAGGCAGACGGAUAAUUUUACCGGUUAUGUUCUAUAAGCGGGAGUUGGUUCAUCUCUGGCACUAGUGAAAGUGAAAGAUUGAAUGAUGCGAACUAAUAGUCAGUGUUAUGUUUGACAAG